GUCCACAUGAAGCGUCUCCUCAAGCAUGCGCCGCCUCUCCGUCUCCGCCGCCACGUCUUUCACCUCUGCAGCCGGUCCGCGUCUGACCUCUGUCAUCUCUGUCUUUGAAGGCCGCGCCACCGUGCCCGCCGCCGGUCCUCGAGGACGGCGGACGCGCUCGCAGGAUGUUGGCGGAGAACCUCUGGACUUGAGGUGGGUGACAAAGGAGGACUUCCUGUCAAAGCAUGUUAGGUGUACAAGCCCCCCACCCCCACCCCAAGGAGAGCAGAAGGCUCCUGCUGGCCUCACAUCUCCUGUCAGCAUGUCAGCAGGAAGUGGGCUGGUGUCCGUGGAUUUUGAGGUCUUUGGUCACGUUCAAGGAGUGUGCUUCAGGAUGUACACCGAGACGGAGGCGGCGCGUCUGGGUGUGGUGGGCUGGGUGAAGAACACCCGCAGUGGGACGGUGGUGGGUCACGUCCAGGGUCCUUCUGACAUGGUGGAGGAGAUGAAAGUGUGGCUGAGCAAAGAAGGGAGCCCCAGCAGUCGCAUCAGCAGAACCUCCUUCAGCAACCAAAGAAGCAUCCACAAGUUGGAGCUCAGCGGCUUUACCACUCGCUACUGAACAUCUGAGGCCCCGCUACUUCCUUCCUGCCUCUGUCUGCCUUCUUCUGCAGCGCCUCCAUCUUUGUCACCUUUGUGUUCCACGUGAAAACUCUUUGUCUGAAGUCUUAUGCUGUGUCUCGGCUGGUGCACCUGCACACUUCACACUUUUGGGUGCGUGCUGUAAGUGUGCUCACGCCAACAGGGAGGUGACGGACACGUGCCGCCGCCGUCAGUGGUCGCCAUCUUGGCUACGUAGAUGGAGGGGAGGGACUAAGUCAUGGGUGUCCAAACGUCUUUUCCCUCCAGCGAGGGAAAUGAAAUGAAACGUUGAUAUUUUGUAAAGCAACACAUGUGCAACAUAUGCUAACAAGUUAUCGAUAGAGUAUUUCAUCUCAGCUUUGUCAUAAAGGUGAAAACAUACAUUAUUCAUGUCAGCUUCACUCUUGGCUCUUUUUUUCCUCAUUCUUGCUGUUUUCUUUUCAUUUUCCCCCCCAAAUUUUUUACUAUUUUCUUUCAACCCUAUACUACUAAAACAACGUGAUUGUUCCUCAUAAUAUUACAAGUUUAUUCUUAUAAAAGUGUGCUUUUUUUCUCAUGAGAAUACACCUUUUAUCUCUUCAUAUUUUUUAAUUUUCCAACUCUUUCAACUCUCUUCUGUAAAUUUAUGACUUUAUUCCCAUCAUAUUUUCACUUUAUUCUCAUAACAUUAUAACUUUUCCCGCAACAUAAUUUUCCAAAAAUGACAAACUUCAUUCCCUUUUUUUUUAGAAAAUUACAGCUUUUUAAAAAUAUUUCCACUUUAUGCUACUAAAAUGGCAUUAUUUAUCCUCAUAAAAUUACUAAUUUUUCCUCAUUAGAAUAUGCC